AUGGGAGGUAGCAGCAGCUUAGAGAGCCAUCGCCUAACAGAUCCUGCAGUCCACCCUAAGGUCCGCGAUCAUUUACGCCGGAUGACCUUCCCAGUACAUGCCAACGGCCGCGCCAACGGCUACAUCGUCCCGUCCAACACCGAGGUUAUGGACGACGACGGCGAGGUCAGGCCCCUCUUGGGCAACCGCCAUACUUCCCACAGCUUGCGACCCGAGCAUAACUUCUGGCGCCACCUGUUCCUGAAUCCCACCAGCAGCCCCGGAACUGACGAUCCGAACCCCUUCCGCCGGUGGCCGGCGCGCGUCUGGAACGUGACCAAGGUCACGCUGUUUAGCUCAUGGAUCAACCUCCUUCUCAUCUUUGUCCCCCUGGGCAUCGUCGCCGGCGAGCAGAAAUGGGGCGCCGGUUGGGUGUUUUCACUCAACUUCUUCGCCAUCAUCCCGCUGGCGGCCGUUCUCUCGUUCGCCACCGAGGAGAUCGCCCACCGGUUGGGCGAGACGCUUGGGGGGCUGGUGAACGCCACCUUCGGAAAUGCUGUGGAGCUGAUUGUCAGCAUUGUCGCGUUGCGCGCGGGCGAGAUCGAGGUCGUGCAGGCGUCCAUGCUGGGGUCCAUCCUGUCCAACCUGCUCCUUGUCCUGGGCAUGUGCUUUGUCCUCGGCGGCUUCUACAACAUGCGCGGCCCCCACGGCGAGGGCAUUGAGCAGAGCUUCGCGCAAGGCACGGCGCAGACGACGUGCUCGCUCAUGGCCCUCGCCUCGGCAUCCAUGAUCCUGCCCGCCGCCCUCUACGGCGUCCUUGACCAGCAAGAGGAGGAUCAUAAGCAGGCUAGUAUUCUGGUCCUCUCGCGCGGCACCUCCAUCAUCCUGUUGGUCCUCUACUGCCUGUAUCUCUGCUUCGCCCUGCGCACGCACAAGCAGCUGUUCGAGCCGGAGGCCGGUAGCAGACCGCAGACUGAGGAGGAGCACACGCCGAUCCUGAGCCCCUGGUCGGCCGCGCUUGUGCUGGUGGCCACGACGGUGAUCAUUUCGUUCUGUGCCGACUACAUGGUGGACAGCAUCGAUGCAUUGGUUGCGACCGGCAAGAUUAGCAAGACCUUCAUCGGUCUAAUCCUCAUUCCCAUUGUCGGAAAUGCGGCCGAGCACGUCACGGCGUGCGUCGUAGCCGUGAAGGACAAGAUGGACUUGGCCAUGGGUGUGGCGAUCGGAUCGAGCAUUCAGAUUGCGCUGCUUGUCACUCCCGCGCUGGUCAUGCUUGGCUGGGCGAUUGGGCAACCCAUGACUCUGCAUUUCGAGACAUUCGAAACCGUCGCCUUUGCCCUCUCAGUCCUGGUCGUCACCUACACUGUGCAGGACGGCAAGUCUAACUACCUCGAGGGAGCAAUGCUCCUCGGGCUUUACAUGAUCAUCGCACUAGCUUUCUGGGCCAGCCCAACAGAUGCCUUCCCCAAGACAUCAAUUCCCCUUACCUGGAAUUAA